UUCCGUAACUCGCAUCCUAAUCCGCGAUUUCCCCAAUUGCUCCGGGAAUCAGCAGCCAUGGCGGCGAUCGCUCUCGGCCGCAGGAUUCUUUUGGGUGCCUUCUCCCGCUCAUGCGCAGCUGGCCCAGCAGCAGCCACGUUGGCUCUGCACACGUCAGCACUGGCCGCUGACGCAAGCAUCCUUCGCCACGACACGUCACCACCAUCGCCAUCCACGUCAUCCUCGUCGCCUCCACCAUGCCCCACCCAAACCUUUCCUCACGCCUCAUACCGAACCUGUCCCCAAACCUCCUUCCAAGCGGCAGCCACAGGCUCGGGAUCACCAUCACCAUCCUCGUUAUUGCACCAUCAGCAUCAGCCGCUUCUGCAGUUUUCGAGCAGAGGGGAUGGGAUUACAUGGGCUCUCGGCCGGGCAAGCAUGCAUGGCAUGGCAGGGAGGCAUGCAGCGGCAGCUGAUCGCGGCAGUACUACAGCUGGCAAUCUCAUUUCUGCAAGGGGCUACAGCUCGGUUGAAAUACACGGCACCACGGUGCUGUGCGUGAGGAAGGGGAACGAAGUGGUGAUAGCCGCAGAUGGGCAGGUGACCAUGGGGGCACAAAUCCUCAAGCCCAAUGUGCGCAAGGUGCGGCGGCUGGGAGAGAAGAAGGCAGUCAUUGCUGGGUUUGCAGGCACAACGGCAGAUGCAUUCACUCUCUUCGACCGAUUCGAGUCCCGGAUAGACGAAUACCCGGGCCAGGUAUGCCGAAUGGCAGCCUUGUUCCACAUUUGCCUCACUCUCUCCGUUCCAAGCUUUGCUCGCUGUCUGCUCUCUACCUGACUUCUUUGCCUGCAACUCCACGCCUCAAUCUAUCAAUUCGUUUUAAUCUGAUUAUCAUCUGAUUAGCAUGCUGUUAUCUCGAUGCCUCGCUGUUCAAUUCGUUUCCUUGAGCAAGUCUGUUUUUUUUUACAAAAGCAGUGUUCUACAAGCCUGCUGCCACGUAUGGCUAAAACCACCACCAAGUGGUGCUCGCUCUAUCAAUUCGUUUUGAUCUGAUUAGCAUACUUUUAUCUCGAUGCCUUGUUCUUCAAUUCGUUUCCCCGUCCUUCGUUUCCCGGACCUUCGUUUCCCGGACCUUCGUUUCCCGGGCCUUCGUUUCCCGGACCUUGGUACCCACUCUAUCCCAUGUGCCUGCGUGCCGCCUCCUCGAGAUCUUAUCCAAUGCAUGCUCACCAUUCCUUAUAAUUACGCAGUGAUCUUUUGAGUCGACUCGAAAGUCUUCUCCCCUGUGCGUGCGUGCCUCCUCAAGAUGUCAUCCCAUGCACACUAUUCCUUCGCAUCUCGCACCUUCCUUGUCCUGUGCCCACCUCUUCUGCUCGUGCCGUAUGCUUUCCCUUUGUCUCUAUCCCAUGUGCCCGCCUCUCCCUUCCCUCCGCGUAUGCCUGCCAUUUCUCCCGUCCUCCUCCCUUCCACUUCUCCUCUGCAGCUCACCCGAGCAGCAGUGGAGCUAGCAAAGGCAUGGCGCACUGACAAGUACCUUAGGAAGCUGGAUGCCAUGCUGGUUGUAGCCGAUGCCAAGGUGUCGCUCACCAUCACAGGCAACGGGGAUGUGCUAGAGCCGCAUGAUGGCAUCAUAGGCAUCGGGUCCGGAGGUCCGUAUGCCCUGGCUGCUGCACGGGCUUUGGCCGACAUCCCUGACUUGACCGCUGAAGCCAUAGUGCGCAAGGCCAUGAAGAUUGCAGCUGAUUGUUGCAUCUACACCAAUGAGAACGUCAAUAUGGAGCAGAUUGUGUUGGAGGAUAAGCCAGCUUCGUGACUACACUCCACAUGAUAGAAGUCUAGUUUAGAGGCGCCUCACAUCUAGAUUGUUGCAUCUACACCAACGAGAACAUCACUCAUUAUGGAGCAGAUCGUGUUGGAGGAUUCCUGUCUCUUGACUGCACUCAUGUUUGGCAACUGUACCUUGACAACUUGAAGGGAACAGAUUGCAGCCGAUUGUUGCAUCUACCCUACACCAACG